AUGGGUAUUCCUGGAAUUUGGGAGAUUUUGUGUAAAGCAAUGCAAACCCGUUCUCUGACCGAACUUGCAUUUUCAGAAGGGUUUGACACAAAUUGGCAUGGCGUACAAACUCUCACUAUUGGUGUUGAUGUGAGCAUCUGGCUAAACCAAAUGCAGGCGGUAUUCCAUGUCCCAGGCAUGCAUUACCAGGUUGGCGAAAACCGUGUGCUCCACAAUCUUUUUUAUCAUAUCGCACGCUUCCCUAUGAAACAAGGAAUCAAUGUUCGCACCAAGGCACACGCACUCACAAAUUCAUUCCAGGAGCUGAUUGAGCAAUAUGGCUACAGCUCCCAUACUGCACUGGGAGAGGCAGAGGCAGAGCUAGCGAUGCUCAACUCUCAGCAAAUUAUUGAUGGAGUCCUUAGCGACGAUGCAGAUACGCUCCUUUUCAGAGCAACACAUCUCAUCCAAAACCCCACGUCAAGGGAGAUGGCGACAUGA